AUGGCGAACGAGAAGACAUCCACAGCACUGGAGUCGGUGCAGUGUCCCGUUUGUUUUAAAGACUUCGAGCCGACCACAAUUAAUGGACACCUCGACGUAUGUCUGCUGAGAGGUGUUGACAGCAGCCCGUCCACCACAGACGACAGUGAACCUCCUUUAAAGAAACCGCGCAUUAAUGCGGAAGCUGUACCGGCCAGACCAUCAUGGGCCAGCCCCGGUGUCAACAAAGCUGUAGCAGGGACCCCGACACCUGCUAUGUUCUCUCUUUUUCAGACCAACAAGAGUAAAGUUUCAGUUCAAAGUGAACGGAGUGGUUUACUUAAUACUAAACAAGGCGCUGCCACUUCUGACAGCAAGGGGGCUCAACGUAGUGUCCUGAAUGAGGCUGAACCUGCACCAGCAGGUAGGGAUACUCUGAAGAGCCAAACAUCUGCGUCCAGCGGGCAGACGCCGAAGACAGCACAUGGUUUAUCAUCACGGACACUGCUAACGAUGGACAAACCUUUGGCGGAGAUAUUGCGACCAAACAACCUGGAAGAAUACUUUGGUCAGAGUAAAGUUAUUGGCCAGCAAACACUCCUCCGGUCACUUCUGGACUCGCAGGAAAUACCAUCUCUGAUCCUCUGGGGACCACCGGGAUGCGGGAAGACCACUCUAGCUCACAUAAUUGCCAGCACCAGUAAAAAGAAUGGCACAGCUCGUUUUGUCAAUCUGUCUGCAACCAGUACGUCCACCAAUGAAGUCCGAGAGGUGAUCAAGCAGGCGCAGAAUGAGCUCCGACUGUGCAAGAGGAAGACCAUCCUGUUCAUUGAUGAAAUUCACCGCUUCAACAAAUCCCAACAGGACACCUUCCUUCCUCAUGUGGAGUGCGGGACUUUAACACUGAUUGGAGCGACCACAGAGAAUCCGUCCUUCCAGGUGAAUGCUGCUCUGCUGAGCAGGUGCAGGGUGCUGGUGCUGGAUAAGCUCUCCGUGGAGGCGAUGGGCUCGAUCCUGGACAGGGCCGUGGCUACACUCGGUAUCAGAGUCCUGGGACGAGAUCCAGCGAAUCCCAAAGGUCAAGAUCAAACAGGGGGACACGAGCCAAAGAUUUACAUUGAGCAAAAAGCUCUGGACACCAUAGCCUACCUCUGUGAUGGUGACGCAAGAACAGGACUCAAUAGUCUGCAGCUGGCUGUUCAGGCUCAGGUGAGCUUGACUCAGCCAAACCUGUUGGCACAAAGCAGUUCUCCUCAAGAAAUACUGGUGAAGGAGGACCAUGUCAAGGAGGGUCUUCAGAGGUCCCAUAUUCUCUAUGAUAAAGCUGGUGAAGAGCAUUACAACUGCAUCUCAGCGUUGCAUAAGUCGAUGAGAGGCUCCCAUGAGAAUGCCUCUCUGUACUGGCUGGGCCGCAUGCUGGAGGGCGGUGAGGAUCCUCUCUAUGUGGCUCGCAGACUGGUCCGCUUUGCCAGCGAGGAUGUUGGUAUGGCAGAUCCCUUUGCCCUCCCUCAGGCUGUGUCCGCUUUCCAGGCCUGUCACUUCAUCGGAAUGCCUGAAUGCGAGGUCAUCCUGGCCCAGUGUGUGGUGUAUAUGGCACGAGCACCCAAGUCUGUGGCGAUCUACAAGGCCUAUGGUAAUGUGAAGGGCUGUUUGAGGAACCACAAAGGCCCCCUGCCUCCCGUCCCCCUGCACCUCCGCAACGCCCCCACAAGGCUGAUGAAGCAGCUGGGCUACGCUAAAGGCUACAAAUACAACCCAGCCUUCAGUGACCCUGUAGAGCAGGAGUAUUUACCUAAGGAGCUGCAGGGAAUCGACUUCUUCACCUGGACACCCUCAGACCCAUGAUUAUCUCUUGUAAUGAUUUAUGCCACACAAUACAUAGUCUACAACCAAGGCUGCUGAAUGAAAAUAAUCUUUUCACAUGAACAGUAGUGGGAUAUAUGUUUUGAUGCAGCUGCUGCAUUCACACGUUUGGUCAUGUUCAAAUGUAUAUACAGUUUUACUUUAGUCAAUUGCUUUUGAUUGUAAAGUAUAAACAAACCAUAUACUUCAUUUACUUUAGUUCUAGAUAUGAUCAUAAUACAGUUCUUAAUUCAUUUAAAAAAUACCAAGAACCUACAGUGCACAAUAUGCCUUUGUAAUUCCAUAAUAGAUAUUUAAAUGUUUACUAUGUUAAAUAUGUGUAUGUUGAAGUUUACCCUUGUCCUGACCUUGUAAAAAAAAUGUA